AUCAUCGACAAGAUGGCGACUUCAGACUGGGUCAUUCGCUCAGUAGCGCCGGGCGUGACCAUUUUCUCCAAGCCGUUUGCAAGAGGUGGCUUCGUGCCUAUCGGAGGCAGAUCGACCGCUAUCAAGCUCGCUUCGGGCAAUGUCUUUCUGUUCGCUUCGACGCCUUACAAUGAAGAAUCACGCCAGGCUAUCGAAGACAUGGCCACGUCCAGCGACUCGAAACAGACAGGCACCGUCAAAUGGGUUCUCGCGCCCGACUCUGUGCAUACCAUGUUUACGAAACAAUGGCAAGAAGCGUACCCUGAUGCCAAGAUCUACGGAUGUGAGGAUUCGGCGAAGAACAAGGAGAUCAAGUGGACCAAGAUCUUUACAAAGGAGAAUCCCAAUCCAUUUGCAGAGGACGAGGAAUUGAGCAAGGAGAUCAAAUCCGAGUAUUUCUCGGGCUUCGUCAAUCAGGAUAUUGCUGUGCUUCAUAUGCCAUCAAAGACCUUAGUCGUUGCAGAUCUGCUCAUGAAUCUGCCCGCGACGGAGCAAUACAGCAAGUCGAACAAGAGCGCAUGGGGCUUCACCGGCUACAUGAACCCUUUCUCUGGUCUGCACAAGACCUUUGUCUCUGGACCAGGUGCAAAAGACAAAGACAGCAUGGCAGCGAGCGCCAAAGUCGUCAACGCAUGGGAUUUUACCCGCAUCAUCCCUUGUCAUGGAGACGUUCUGGAGGGAAAUGGAAGGGCAGCUUGGAGUUCUGCCUACUCAAAGCUACUGAAACCUUGAUCCGCGCACGGUACUGCAGUCUUUGUCACUUAUACCACCUGCAUUGCAUGUGUUGUCGCCUCCC